AUGCGUUAUAUUUUUGCGUUACUAUUAGGCAUUUGUUGCCUGAACGCAUGUCUGGCUAACGAACAGCAAUGUUUGGCAAUGCACGGUUUCCAGAACACAUACGAAGCCGUCCGCCAAAAGGCCGAGGAAAUGGCUACACUGGUACAAACUUUGAAGGCACAACUGGACAACUCCAUUGAGCUUAACUGUGGCGAUAUUGGUGCAAAUGUUGCACAAAACCUGUACACAUUCAAUUUGACCCACUGCGAUUUUGAGGACGGAAGUCAGAUGUGUAACUUUACCCAGAAUAGAGAUGAUAACUACGACUGGGUACUGGACAAUACCCACCCAGACCACACCCUGGGCUCCAAAAUGGGUCAUGCCUUAAGCUCUUACAGAUACGGAAGUCGUUAUGUAACGCGUAUUACGUCAAGACCCUUCAAUCCUGCACAUGCAUAUUGCAUACGUUUUUACUACAAGGCAGAAACUCGCCCAAAUACCGGCGGAAAACUGAAUGUUUAUCUACAAGAGGGAAACCAGAGAGGCAAUCCCGUGUUCUCGGUGACCAACAUUCCAGCACACAAUUGGACCCUGGCAGAAUUCAGCCCUGAUCCAGAAUACCUAAGGAGGCCAUUUCAGAUUGUAUUUGAAGCUGAUCACGUCAGCCAGUAUGUCUAUAUAGAUGACUUGAGUGUUUAUAAUGCACCCUGCACAACUGAAGGUGUCCGAUUUCCCCGUUGUCCAACAGGGUCUGUAGUGAAAAAUGUUGGUGAUAAGAUAACAUGCUAUGUUUUCCACAUGGAGCCAAAGACCUACAAAGAUGCCAUGAAGACAUGUAAAACAAUAUGGCCUCUGGCGAGCCUUGUAGCCAUCGAGUCUGCUGCGGAACAGACGUUCAUAACUAACAUGAUCAACCAAUCUAAUGCCAUGUCGCUUGCCGCAGAUUUUGGUUUGUGGACGAAUGGGAACGAUAUCGAUCAAGAAAAUACAUUCACGUGGAGUGGACAGUCCCACCCAAUUACUUUCAACUACACCCACUGGCACCCAGGACAACCCAAUAAUGUGGCAGGGGAUCAGGACUGUGUAGUUAUAGAAUAUCCCAAGUCGGACUUUGAGUGGGGCGAUGUAUCGUGUUCAGAGCGCCAUUCCUUCAUCUGCGAAAUGAAUUUUGAUAAAUCUCAAGCGCAUGUGCAGGGAAGUUUGAGCAAUGGAGCCAUAAUUGGUUAGAAAAAAAAUGCAAACAUCUAAACUAGUUUCUUCUUGCAUUGUAAUCAAUUCUGUUGUUUUGCUUUUAAUAUACAGU